UUUAUGCAUGCAUUGUAUAAUAUCCGCUAAGAUACAGAAUCAGUCUUUGGUCACUUCAGCGUAGGCCUAGUCAUCGAACUACUCGCGCACACGCGUUUUUUUUUCCGCGUGAAAGACCUUGCCUUUAUGAAAUGCGAACGGGCUUGAAGUUCUUGAAACUGUAAUAGACAAAGCAGGGGACGACGUAAACGCUUCUUGAAAUGGAAAAGCACAGCUUGCAUAGCUAACUACGGUAUCUUUCGCAGCUGCAAACUCCCCUGGUAACGAGGGCCUAGUACAAAUACCGUUGUACGCUUCAGUGUUGAACUGCCUGCCAGGCUAUCUGUCAACAACUGGAAUUUCCCCCAACGGUGUGUACAUGUACAGUUCGGGGGAUUUCCGUCUGCCUGAAUAUAGCCUGCCAUGCAGACAAACACAGUUGUUUACUGAUUAGAGCGUGGUAUUGACCCCUUGGUCAAAUGUGUGAUAUUCCUAACGUUAUCGGUAAUUUCUCCGUGUUCUGCGUCCUUAAUUUUCUGAGGAUUGAGUGCUUAUGCGGUUCACGUUCUGUGUAGGCCAGGGAUAAACACCAUGCAAGCUCCAAAGGUUUUCGAUGAUAACACGCUUGAAUAUGUGGCCAAAUCGCUCGGUGAAGCCUGGCCGACUGUGUCUACCUAUCUGGGCUUCAACGACCGUGAAUGCGAGACCAUCAUCGCCUCUCACCCGGGUCACAUGGACCAACAAGCCCGGAAGAUGCUGACUACUUGGAGGGCUAGGUACCCAGGGACAGACAUGCUUGGUGACCUGAGAGGUGCAGUCAGAGCGGUUGGAUUGUUCUUGCUGCUUCAUGACCUCGGUGGAGAGGUUUUGGAUGACGCAACUCUCCAGACAAUUGCAAAGAGCGUGGGUAAAUCAUGGCCUAAGUUGGCCCUGUAUCUUCUCUUCAACUUGGAGGAGUGCCAGGCCAUCAAGACAGCAUUCUCAACACCAAAAGAACAAGCGGGUCAGAUGUUGGCGAACUGGAGGCGCAACUUCACCGGCGAUAACCCAGUGGAGUACUUGUCCAGGGCUCUGAUGACGAUGGACCAGAACAAUCUCGCCAGGGGUCUUGCACCCCAAAAGACACUCCCAGAAUGCACUUGUGGCAACGAUAAAGCUCUCAAGUACCGAUCGUACUUCAGCAAGGGAGAUGACGGCAAUCCGCGACUGCUUGGCAUCUGCUGCACCAACUGCAGCCAGGAGUGGUUGGACGAACGGUUCCUGUUCCACCCGGACACCGACGAAUCCCGCCCUUCGGUCAAAGUCUUCGGUGUCCUCCUGAAGAAACAACUUGAGGUACCCACAGAGCAAAACCCAGCAUUCAUGGUUAAAGGUAGUCGCACGAAAAUUGAAAAUUUCCGUUUUGUAGCCGAUUACCUGAAGGUAGGAGAUCAUAUCACUUGGCAUCGCUGGUUGGGCCACUGGCAUCACGCCAUCGUAUCAAAUAUCGAUCCUAAUACAGCGAGAGUUCAGGUCAUUCAUUGGAGCAAGUCGAGGUGUGGUGGGAUACGGAUCAUCGAAAGUUGGCUCGAUUUGAUAGAGGAAGACGGUGAAUUGUUCUGUAUUGACUAUCCAGUCGAUAUAACUAAGGUUAAUACUCCAGAGUUAGUGAUUGCCCGCGCUAGAUCUAGAUUGGAUGACACUGGUUACGGGUUUUUCUCUGACAACUGCGAAGCGUUUGCUUCGUACUGUAAGAUUGGGCUUGCAGAGAGUUGUCAGGUUGUCUGGCUUUAUGAGAAGACCAAAUCGGUCAUGAGAGAAGUACUGACUAACGUAGUUCAAGGCUUUACCAAAGCAGGCUUCAUCGUAGCCAAAGAGUACUUUAAAGAGGGUGCAAAAGUAUUUCUUGAGAAAGGAGGGGCAGCAGCAGCUAGAGUUGGUGCCGCCGAAACGUUUGAGAGGCUUGCUAAUGGCACUAAUGCCGUUGGGGCUGGUUUCAUCGUUUUCUUCGAGGGCUGCGCGUGCGUGUUUGAUCUUAGCAAGAUUUGGGAAGCCCGGGAAGAGGGUGAUGUUUCACGGAAAGAUUUCAUAGCAAGCACCUUCCAGCGGGUUACUGAAGCGGUCCUUGGAGCCGGGCUUGCGGUUGGGGGAGGUAUCGCUGGGGAAAUGGCUGGAGCCAGUGCGGGUGCAGGGGCAGGCACGCUCAUAUUCCCAGGGUUAGGAACGGUCGUUGGGGCCUUCAUUGGCAGUAUUGUUGGAGGUGUUGUGGGAUCCACAUUUGGCAGGUAUUUAGGAACCUACUUAGGAUCGCCGAUCAGCCGUGCACUUGCCACCACCAUCGGCACCGAUGACAGGGCAGUAAAGAGCAUUGAAGACCUCAACCCUGGUGAUCAGGUUGUCUUCUAUGGCAACCUGCUGCAUCCCAGACACCACGCUAUAGUCGUUGAGUGUGACAAGGGUAAGGGUAUGGUCAGAGUGGUACAUAACACCUACCAAAAUGGUGUUGUGGAGGAAUCAGUUGAAUUCAGACCUCCCGUGUACAGGCUUGUUUAUGACAAAAAGGAUUGCUACCCACCUGAUGAAGUCAUAAAGAGGGCUAGAUCAAAGAUUGGGGAUGAGACUUACAAGUAUUCACUGGCUUUCAAUAAUUGUAAGAGCUUUGGCAGGUGGUGCAAAGUCAAAUAAACUAUAUAAUACAAUUGCAAGUUUUAUCAUAGACAUCUAAGAGUUUGAAAGUCUUUUUAAGUAUCCUGUUCGUUACGCGUUUGGUUGUAUUUCUUGAGGUUGUUUUAUGAUACGUGCGCGAUACAUACAUGUACACCACUUGCUUGUGCGCGGUUCACUUUCGACCUGCGGGGAUUUGAACACAGCUGUGGGGAUAGGGCUCUCCGACAUUUUUUUUCGGAAGGCUAGCCACCUACUAACAGCUGUUGCUACUACCAAUAGAUGCAUGUGUUACAAUAACCAGUCUCCUGGGCGCUGCCAAUUGAAUAUUGAACUCGUUCCUUCUUUUGGCAUUAUUUGCAGCAAAAAAAAUUUAAAGCCGGCAUGAUUGGCCGUAUAUAUGAAAUGCCCGGGUAGGGCGACGUUAGGUAUAUUGCAUUUUAAAGUUGUGUUUGUCGGUGUUAACCCUACUGGUGGCGCUGACAUAGCUUUUCAGUAUCUGUAAACUUCAUGCUGUUGAAUGGUUGUUAAAAUAAUGUUCAACUUUGAAUGGUUGAAAUUGGUAAAUAAACGUAGUGUUUCAACCCUUUCAAAUUGUAUAUAAUUAAGCCUUUCAAAUGAUAUUGUACUGAUUUUCAUCAGAGUCUGUUUUCAGAGUCACGUGUAUCAAUUUACAAGGAAAAUUUAUACAACUGUUUUCUGUUGGAAUUGAAGUGAUUGAGGGACUUUUGUAUAGAAUCUGUCCAGAGGUGGGAAAAGAGAGGGCGAAAAAUGGAAAAAAGCAUGACACUUAAUAAACAAAUUUAUGCAUAACUCUAUGUGCACUUUUAAAUUCGGAUAUGCACGCAGAUAUGUUGUGGUUUGUGACGCUGUUCGCUGUUAACAUAAGAAAGAAUCUUCUUUUCAUAUUUCCUUGGAUAUGUUCGAUACUGUUUUUCACUAUCACGUCUAAAUUUGGUUUGAGUGACUUGCAGGUUUUGCAUUCAAAGUUCAUUUACAAAAAUGGGAACAAUUCUCUUUCCUUUUGACACGUACGCUCUGUUUUGUUCGUUCAAUGAGGUACGGUAUUUAUACAGUCAUUAAGCUGCAUGGAUCUUUAGCAUUAACAUUCUCAGUGCAUAGCUUCCUUAAUUAAAACGCAGGGCAUCCAUUUAAGCUACACAGCACCUGGAUUAUUAAUAUCACCCAAGGAUAUAAAUUGGCACUCGUAUGGAAAAGAAACUCUUAACUUUUUAACCGCUAUAAGGACUUUAUCCAUACCAUUAUCAAUCAUAUGUUGAAAAUAUGUAAUUGACAUGCUUAAAUUGAAGAUCCACUAACCUUAAGUAAGAAUGUUGAAUAGGAAAGGUAUUAUUAUCUACUGUGGUAGUCACUUUACCCUGAACAUUGAAUAAUCUUGCUUUGAGGUGGUUGAAUCCACUUCGCAGUGCUGGUUGGUGAACAAUCCUCCUGUUGUGAGGGGGAUUUGGGGUUAUUGAAAUCCUGUUACUAAGUGUGACCUAACCCACAAAAUUUGGUAUCUUGAUUGACCAGACACACAGCAUCGCUCCCUAAGCUUCCUGGCUUACACAGCCAAAAAUACCAUUCGCGUAGCAGCAGUGAUGUAGUCGACUACUUUUUGAGAACCAAGCUCCCUUGUUACGUUUACACACACAUUCUCUGUACGUGUGGCAGAUUAUUGUGAAUGGUACGCCACACACAAUUCUGUGUGUGACCCGUGUUUGACCCUGGCAGCAGUGAAAGAGUAGUCAUGAAUAUUCUCGUUGUACGUCCGGGAAAUUUCAUGUAAGCUGAUGAUAUUUCCAGGUUAUGUCUUGGAAGUUUCUUGUUAAAUAUAAGUAAUGCUAAAACGUCCAUUUUAAGAAAUAUAAGUAGGCCUAAUCAGAGUAAUUUCUUCUUAUGUAAAAACCGGGAAAGACAGAGACAGAGAGAGAGACACACACACCCUGCAAGAGAGAUUUUGGAAGGCAAUCUACCUACGCAAGCUGUGAAAAGUCUUUGACUCGUUGACUUUUGCACCAUUUUAACCUGUGGUGGCGAGUUGUUUGUGGAGCGACACUUGUAAGAAAAGUUUAAGUUCCUCAGACCAAGUGAAGUGCAGAGCUGAAUUUUGUUCCAGAAGAGACAGUUUGUGAACUGAACCCAGUUCCAGUUUUGUGGGAUCAUCCAGUUCCCGUAUUUUCGACGGUCACCGCGCCGAGGCCGUUUCGUCUCGAGCCCGUCAUUCUUAUUGGACGUGGUCUUCGUCCCCCGGCAGCUUGUUGCUGCACCGUCAAGGACUGCACUGUUUUCCCCCGUCUGUGGAGUCCAACAUGCUUUACUGUAGUGCCUUGCCAGGCUCUGCUUCGCCCGAACAGUUCGUUUAUAUGACAUAUUCCUUACCAUUGUAAACUAGUUCCAAUCAAUGUUUUCUUUGUUACUGUUUUCUUUACAUGCUAAGACUAACAUUCUCAUUAAACCGUACCUGUUUAUUGUUCCUUA